UGUAAACAAGAUUGUUGAAAAAUAAUAUUAAUUAAAAAAAAAGUGUUUCGGUUGACAGUGACAUUUUUGACCAAAGAGGUUUUUAAUGUUUUCAAAAUUAUUUUUUUUUAAACGAUAAUUUAUAAUAGUUUUUUUCAUUUAAAGUAUGAAAUUAAUUGUGGUUGUAAUGUUUGUUAUUUAAUUUGUGAAUUAUCGACUCAAUUUUGUGUAAUUCAAAAACAAUCCUAAGUCCAAUGUCGAGUUACGGCAGCAUGUCACCAUCAGACGAAGGCUUUGAUAGAUACGAACCACCUUUCUACUGUCAACCAACACAUCAAGGUAGUCCAAUGGACGGCGCCGUAUACUGGGCUAACUCCAACGGAGAGAACCACGAGUAUGACACCCAGGAUGUUUACCAUGACACUAAUAAUUACAUCGGCAGAGGAUACAGUUACGAGGAUAUGCAGAUAGCAGGGAACGAGCCAUACGAUACUUAUCACCAUAAUGUUAUGCAUCACGGCUUCGCACCCAAUAAUCCUGGUCUGGAUUGCGAGAUGCAAUCUCUACCUCUCCGCUACGAACGACCGACUCCCUCUUCUUUCGUAAGAGUUGUUAAAAGAAGAACAACAGCAAAUAAGAAAGAGAGAAGAAGAACUCAAAGUAUCAACACCGCAUUCACCGAUCUAAGAGAAUGCAUACCAAAUGUACCGCCUGAUACGAAACUAUCCAAGAUGGUGCGAAAGAGAUCGCAGAGCAUCAACACUGCGUUCUCAAACCUCAGGGACCGUAUACCAAGCGUACUACCCGAUACAAAGAUGACCAAGAUAAAAACAUUACGUCUUGCGACUUCAUACAUAUCGUAUUUACUAAAAGUAUUGGAGACCGAUGGAGAACCAGCUGGGGGAUUCCGUGCGGAGUUGCACCAUACACCACCGAGGAGAAGAACUACUGAUCCUAAUGCACAGAACAGUGCAUUGGUAGAGAAAAAGGCGAAAGGUAGAACUGGCUGGCCACAGCACGUCUGGGCAUUGGAAUUAAAAAGCGAACAGAAUCUACAGACUUAAAUAUUCUCGAUUUAUCGGACAAUUAGUUUAAUUUGUGAAAAUAAUAAUACUUAACUGCCUCACAGUAAUAAUUAGAGAUAUCUAUGAAAUUUACACUAAGGAAAUCUUUUAUUGUGGGUUUCUAAAACCAAAAUCUCAGCUUAAAAUAAAAUAUCUGUAGUAUAUGUAAAACAACGGUAAGGGGGCGUCGAUAAAUUACGUGAGGUGUUUAAGGGGAGGGGGUCGAGUCAAAUAUCACGCAAUUAUUUUUCUGAUUGAAAAAAAAACUAUUUUGGUCCAUUUAAUCGUAUAAUACGUAAGAAAGUUACAUUUUGAAAAAUCUCACUUGAGAUUGGGAGAUGGAUAAAUUCUCACAUCUCACCAGGGUGGAAGGGAGGGGCAGAAAAUUAAAAAGAAACCACCUCACGUAAUUUAUGGGCGCCACCUAAGUCACCAUCUCUGGGUACGGAGGGAAGUAACCACUAUUCCAAAGAGAAACGGAUAUGAAGUUUUAAUACCAAAAAGUAUGUUAUACUACGUAUAACCGAAGACCAUAGAUUUAUAACUUACUAGCUGUCGCCGAAGUUGCCGCGCGGUAUUAAAAACAAACUUAAUAAGUAGCCUAUUUG